UCAGCAAAGCAGAUCAGAUCACAGCAGACAUUUGUAUACUGCUAUGACAUCAACAAGUUGAAGGCAGCAGAGAACCAGCAAAUUCAGAAGAUUUAAGGCAAUAGAAUGCUGAUGAACCACACAAACCAAACAGAGGAAGACCUCUUCUCCUGCUACAGUCCAUCGGUCGUAGGUUACCGAUACUUUGCUGUGCUGUGGGGAUGUGCUGUGACCAUCGUCGGUACGUUAGGGAACCUGAUGACCAUUCUAGCCUUCACCUUAGACCCACGUCUGAGGACUCGCUUUAAUGCACUCAUCAUCAACCUGGCUGUAGCUGACCUCCUAUACUGCACCAUACUGCAGCCUAUGUCAGUUGACUCGUAUUUACACCUCAGGUGGCGCAGUGGUCAGCUCUGGUGCAGCAUCUUUGGACUGCUCCUUUUCCUCUCCAACUCUGUGUCCAUCAUCACCCUUUGCUUGGUAGCAUUGAGCAGAUAUCUUCUGGUUGCAAAAAGGGCCAUGUUUGACCGUAUCUUCUCCAACCGUGGUCUUAUUUUACUCCUGACGUCAGUGUGGGCACUAGGUCUUGCCAGCUUUGGCCCACUCUGGCAUGUUUACGUGUUUGUGCCACAAGUGUGCACAUGCAGCUUCCAUCGGACCAGGGGUCGCCCCUACACCACCAUCCUGCUUUUUGUCUACUUCUUUGUUGGUUUGGGCUGUGUUGGCGUAUUCUACCUCCUCAUUUACAGACAUGUCAUGAUUGCAUCGCAAGCUCUGGUCCGCUACAGAUUCAGCCGAAGGUCAUCUAGAAGGAAUGCAGCUUCUCAAUCACAGGGGACUGAUGACAGUGGUGUAGAGACUGGUAUUGCCAACACAUGUAGCUGUGAACUGAGCAACCAAGAAGAACAAACCCAAAAUAAGGAUGACAACGUUAAUAAGAGCUCUUCCAAGGCCCCAGUUUCAUCAGCAGCCAAAAGGUCUUCCUCUCACAUUGUCCCUGCCAAAAAACCCCGAAUAACUCAAGCAUCUUCUUACAACUCAGCAUCUUCAGGAGAUGAUUGCGAAUUUAAACAUGUGACACGAAUGUGCUUUACUGUUUUUCUGUGUUUUGUAUUCUGCUUUGUCCCUUUUCUUUUGCUAAACAUAGCAGACAAACAUAACAGUGCACCAAAGGUAUUGCACAUGCUCAGUGCAAACCUUACUUGGCUCAACAGCUGUAUUAACCCGGUACUCUAUGCUGUCAUGAACCGACAGUUUCGACAGGCCUAUCACAUGCUUUUCACUAAAGCUAUUGCACCAUGCACCUGUCUCUUGCGCUGGAGAUGGCAUCUGCAAUCCUGAUUUUUCUGCAACUUAUGCUGGUCUUACACCUACCAACUUUUCAAGCAAUUGAAAGACUAGAAAGGCAUUCAGGAAGGUACAAGGCAUUUUUAGAUUGUAGCAUUCUUUUAAGAGAGAUGUAAAUACUAGGGUAACUUUUAAAAAUGUAUAUUUUAGCAAAAAAUACUUUUCAAGUAUGUUUAAGCUAUUGAAUUCAAAUUUUCCUCCAUUACAAAACCAAAUCUGAUAUAAUAAUAAAUCGAGGUUGGCAUAUUAUCACUCAAAAUCCAACUCUGAAAUUCAUCUCAAAAUAAACGAGAUAUUUAUUUUAAAAUAUUGUAGUCUCAUAUUGCCAACUUGUGCAUGAUGGUAAAUAACCUCAAAAGGAAGUUUAAGUCUGCAGUUAGCAACUCUAUUAAAAGACUCCAGGCCAGCUGAUCGCACGUUCCACUGGCCCUUUGUGGCAUUAAAAAAAAAAAUAUGAAUCUGAUGUAUGAUACAUUUUUUAGGUACUGGUACAUGUUAUCAAUUUGUCUUGUUGAAAAGUAGUAAACUUGAUAAUUACAAAUAAAAAAUGUUUUAAAGCUU